AUGGCAACGAGUUGGAAUCUUGUAAGUGAAACGCUGUUAUCCUGCCGUCGACAAGUGGAGAAUGCCACUCAUGUGAGGAAGGAUGAUCAGAGGGGCGAUGACGAAGCUUAUAAACGAAUAAUUAGCAAUCCUGCAUCAAGACAUUUGAGUAGUCGCUCCGAAGAUUACGAUGAUAUUCGAUAUCAGUUGCUAGAGAGGAGACUUAGUGAUAUUGAAAGUCAUCUGGAGAAGAUGGAAAAUAAAAUCAACAAUAGCCUUGAACAGAUUUUGAGGGUUCUCAUUCCGGAAAAUGCUCAAAGUAACUCGUCGCCCGGACGUUCAUCCAAAGAUACAUCCACCCGAACGAUUUACUCAUCUCGUAGUGCCUCAGGAACUCAUCUAUUCAGGUUAGGGAACAGACGUGAAGAACUGAUGCCAAUAUCAAGAUUGCAAAGCAGUGUUACCGAAACCGAUGACAUUGACAGUCCAUUUAUUGGUAUCAGUUACGCUCUUCCUGCACCGCCACCAACGAGCACUUUGCGAUCAUCACAGCCUCGCAGGUCACCUCGUCCCUCGUUGAUACUUUCCACCUCCAGUCACUCAACACCAACCAAGUCUGAUCUUUCACCUGAUGACACGGACACUUUGUUAUAG